AUGGCGUACCCCGACGUGGACUACCUGACACUCCGAAGCCGACAGAACUUGUCUUGGAGCUCAAGGCAACUCGAACAAGGGAUCCAGGCGGCCCAAAAGGAAGAUUAUACUACCGCUCGCCAUCAUUAUCAGCAAGGUCUUGAUCUAGUCCCGCGCCACGCCGACUUGUUGGUCGCCUACGGGUCGCUGGAAGCCAAUCAGGGAAAAUGGGACCGGGCCCAACAGCUGCUCCAGCAAGCGCUGGAGGUGGAUGCUACGCACGUCAACGCGCGACGCUACUUGGAAGAAAUCCGACAGGCGGUGGCUUUACGGCAACGGCGUUCGGGGUUGGCCGACAAAUCCGCCGUGGCGUUGCGGGACGCUUCACUGGAACAGCAAAUGAUGCAGACCGCGACGACGAUCCAACGACAUCUCCCUGUCACUAUCGGAUUCAACUUCAUCUUCGGCGCGACGGAAGAAAAGAAGACAAAGGCACAAAGAAAGACGGCGGAAGGAAAAGCAGACGGUCCACUCAAGCACGGACGAUGA